AUGCAACCGACUUUAUUUCAAUCAACUGGUUUAUGUUCAUCAUUCAGUUCUAAUAAUUUAUCUAAUGUUAAUACAACUGCUGGUUUAUCCGUUUCAGAAAAAGAUGAAGAUGGACAUCGUGAUCUUAUUGAAAAUUCUAUUCAAGAUUGGUGUAUUCAAAAUAAAACUGCAAUUAAAAUUCCUGAUUCUAAUCUUAUUUCUGGUAUGCAUUAUCAUUUAAAAUUUACUUCAUCUCUUGAUAAAGCUGAAAUUAAAUGUUCAUGUGGUUUAGUAUACAUUCUGUUACGUGCUGAAUCCGGCAAUUUCAAAUUAUCAAAUUACUUUCGUCAUUUAAAAUCAGGUUGCUUGAUGGUUCAAACUGAAGUAAUGAAUGAUUCAAUUGGUGAUACAACACAAGAUGAUACUCAAGAUUCAACUUCUAUUUCUUCUUUACAACAAAUAUCAAUAACUUCUGUUCGAAAAAGAACUCGACGAUCAACAUCUAAGCAUACAACGACGAAAAAGAUUCGAACAGCUUAG